AUGGCAGCGCAAGCAGCUGAGGGUGUCGCCAACCUCUCACUGGCCGAGGCAAACGGCAACCCAACCACCAAGCAAAACGGAGCCGACCCCGCCGCACCCGAAGAUCACGAAGACUCGGACGACGACGCCGAUGAGGGAGACAACGCUGGUGCCCAGGACGCAGGAGCCGAGGGCGCCGCAAAGAAGAAGAAGAAGCGCAAGCCGCGCAAGAAGAAGAAGGCAGGAGCCGCCGGCGCAACCUCCAACGGCGGUCCCAAGGUCCAAUCCUCCCCACCCCGCGUCCCCGUCCACGAACUCUUCCCCAACGACACAUACCCGGAGGGCGAGAUCUCCGAGUACCUCAACGAGAAUGCCUUCCGUACCACCAACGAGGAGAAGAGGCAUCUCGACCGCAUGAACAACGAUUUCCUGACCGACUACCGCCGCGGCGCAGAGGUGCAUCGCCAGGUCCGACAGUGGGCACAGGGAUGGAUCAAGCCGGGCAUGUCGCUGACGGAGAUCGCGGAGGGUAUCGAGGACUCGGUGCGCGCCUUGACGGGCCACCAGGGUCUGGAGGAGGGCGAUGCUUUGAAGGGCGGCAUGGGUUUCCCCACGGGUCUCAGCAUCAACCACUGCGCGGCGCAUUACACUCCCAACGCCGGCAACAAGAUGGUCCUCAACUACGAGGACGUCAUGAAGGUCGAUUUCGGUGUACACAUCAACGGCCGCAUUGUCGACUCUGCUUUCACCCUCACCUUCGACCCUGUCUACGACAACCUCGUCAAUGCCUGCAAGGACGCCACCAACGCUGGCGUGAAGGAGGCUGGUAUCGACGUGAGGAUGAGCGACAUCGGUGCUGCCAUCCAGGAGGUCAUGGAGAGCUACGAGGUCGAGAUCAAGGGCCAGACCUUCCCCGUCAAGUGUAUCCGCAACUUGAACGGCCACAGCAUCGGACACUACUGCAUCCACGGCGGCAAGACGGUGCCCAUCGUCAAGGGAGGCGACCAGACCAAGAUGGAGGAGGGUGAGACCUUCGCUAUUGAGACAUUCGGUUCUACCGGUAAAGGUUACGUCCGAGACGAUAUGGAAACAUCCCACUACGCCAAGCGCGAAGACGCUCCCAAGGUCGCCCUGCGCGUCUCCUCCGCAAAGACCCUCCUCAACUCCAUCACCAAGAACUUCGGUACACUCCCCUGGUGCCGACGAUACCUCGACCGUCUCGGCCACGAGAAGUACCUCCUCGGCCUCAACAACCUCGUCUCCGCCGGUAUCGUCGAGGCCUACCCCCCGCUCGUCGACAUCAAGGGCUCGUACACCGCACAGAGCGAGCACGUAAGUUUUGACUUUCCCCACCGUAUCCCAUGCGGGCAUGUGUGUUGA